CAACUUUGACAAGAGUGAUGUAAACAACUUCAAAAAGUAUUCGUAUUUUGGACUUUACCGAUGAAAACACAGUAAAACUGACCCGUGAUACGUUGAAGAAGAUAUCCUUUAUAAUUUUUCCUGAAAAGUUGGUCAAAAUCACUAGCAUUUAUCAAUUUUUUGGGGCAAUUUGAAGCUUUUUGCAAAUGAGCCAUUCAUAAGUCAGGAUGAUGUCAAGGGGAGUGACGAGCAAAGAAGCACAAAGAAGGCUGUCUCUGGAGUGUAAAGCAUUAAGGGAUCUCGUGGACAAACUAAGACAAGAUAUGCUUCUGUGCAGGAAUGAGACCCAGAAAGUCAAAGAUCAACUGCAGUGCUUGAUCUACUUGGUCAAAAGAGCUUGGUCUGGUGACUACAUUGCAGCAGUUCAUGUCUCCAAUAUUGUUGGAGUACCACCACCAGAAUUUAAAAAGAAAGAGCCAGAGCGAAUAAAUGUUUCCCCACAGCCUGACCCAGUAAGCAAUUGGGCAAAACUGUGUAUAGGAGUAUUAAAUAAAAUGUACCAAGAGGAAGAGCUUGAAUUGCGGGCUUCCCAGCUUAUGUACCUACAAGAUAGAGAGGGAUAUUUAGAUGAUGAGGCAAAAGAAGAAGAAGAAAGAAAAGAAAGGCAAGAAAGAUUAGAGMAAUUAGAAAAACAAAAACAAGAACUUCAGUUGCAACAUCRGAAAACGCAUCCACAUCGAAACCAUCUCACCAAGAAGCCAUCCCGGGAAUCAGUUCAACAGGCAACAGAACUAAACACUGAUGAUUCAUUGUUUGUUGUGACACCUGUCAGUAGACGUAGACCAACCAGUGGGCUGAAAAAACAACAACACUUGAACGUAGAGAUAAAGGAGAAAAUUAAUUAUUCCGAUGAAUAUGAAGAGGUAGCUGAYGAAACAUCGAUAGCAAACAGUCGACCAGUAACCUCCAACGAUCGCAUCACUAAACCAAGAGCUAAAUCAGCAGGAAAAGCUCGUACAUAUACUCCACCAAGUCGGCCCAGGCCACGGUCUGCACACUCGGCCAAGCCAUCGAAUUUCGCAACUAACAGACGUAAACACAUAGAUCUAAUAGAGAAGGACUUAAAACUAACAACCAAGACCUUGCAAGAUCGCUUAGGUAUUUCCAAGGAAGGGAUGGUUUGACUUUCAAGGCUACUUACUAAAAAAAAUGUCCCGCCGUUAACUCUCGGUCUGACAAACGUUUUUGAAAUAGCUAAAUAUCUUAAGAAAGAGACAAUCUACGUUUAUAAGAAAUAAGAUAAAAAUGGUAUCGGUGUCACAGUUUGUCUCCAGAUAUGUGACUGUUGAAUACGUCUGGACGGUCGUAUCCGAAUAUUUGUGUCAUGCGCAUGCUCUCUUGACUUAUCUUUGCAA